UUGAACAUAAUUUGAUAAUUAUCUUGCCCCUUAACCCAUUAUUCGUUAUUCUUGCAACUUUAGUAACGAGAUGAAAAACAAUAUAAAACCGAUAGAAACAGGCAGGCCUAUUUUAGGAUGAAUAUAGUGAGAUUUGGAGGUUGAGAGAGAUCACAAUUUGCAAAGAGAAGAUAUCCUAAUGGUCGUGGUUGUAGGUCGAUAGCAGCCAUCCCCUCCAUUUCCUCUCUCUAGAAUCGAAUGUUAAUGCAAUAAGCAGCAAACAUCCGAGAGGGAGAGCCCUUAUGAUGAACAACUCAGAUUCCAGCCCCCACAAAAGGGCAACAUUCUCCAGCUGGCUCCAUUCGGAUCCCUUCCUCUUCCGGGGGGCGGGGCAGAGAAGCUUCCGCUACCUCCCCGCCCCCUCCUUGGAAUCUCAUCAUCACACGCGUCUGCUCGGCUCCCUCAUCCGUAAAGAGGGCCACAUUUACUCCCUUGCUGCCUCUGGCGACCUCCUCUACACGGGCUCCGAGAGCAAGAGCAUCCGGGUCUGGAAGAAUCAGAAGGAAUUCUCCGGCUUCAAAUCCAACUCCGGCCUCGUUAAGGCCAUCAUCAUCUCCGGAGAACGGAUCUUCUCCGGUCACCAGGACGGCAAGAUCCGAAUCUGGAAGGCAUCGCGCAAGGAUCCCACAUUCCACAAGCGCGUGGGCACAAUGCCGACCUUGCGAUCGAUGAUCAAGAUCUCCUUCAAUCCCAGCAACCACGUUCGAAAAGCGCACACCGACGCCAUCUCAUGCCUCAGCCUGAGCGAGGACAAAUCCCUGCUCUACUCCGCCUCCUGGGAUAAGACCUUCAAGGUAUGGAGGAUCUCCGACUCCAAAUGCCUCGAGUCCGUCACGGCGCAUGAUGACGCCGUGAACGCCCUCGUUACCGCAUGCGACGGCUUCGUGUUCACGGGGUCGGCGGACGGCACUGUUAAGGUGUGGCGGAGGCAGGUGGUGGGGCUGAAGACGAAGCAUUUCCUGACACAGACGCUGCUGAAUCUGGACUGCGCCGUGACGGCACUGACCGUGGACCCCUCCGGCAGGUUCCUCUACUGCGGGUCGUCGGACGGCUUCGUGAACUACUGGGAGUGCGGGACUUUUUUAUGCCACGGCGGGGUGCUGCGGGGCCACAAGCUGGCGGUGCUGUGCCUGGCGACGGUGGGGAAGUUGGUGCUGAGCGGGUCGGCGGACACCAAUGUGUGUGUGUGGAGGAGGGACGGUGGGGAGCACGUAUGCCUGUCAGUGCUGACGGGGCACAGCGGGCCUGUCAAGUGUCUGGCGGCCGAGGAGGAAGAUACAGAAGACGAGACGGGAGCCUACUGGCGCAUUGGCGGCGGAAGGAACUAUAUCUUGUAUAGCGGCAGCAGUGAUAAGUCAGUCAAGAUAUGGAAGGUGACGCAGGCGCCACGAGCCCCACCGCGCCUGCCCUCUCGGCCCUACCGCAAGAUGGCAGACUUUCUCUACGGAGCUUCCACCUGCAAGAUUGCUGCGGCUGAGCAGGAUCAUGCACGUCCUAUGUUUAAUCAGGCUUCAUGA